UUGUGGAGAUUAGCAAAGCUGGUGUCCAGAAGUGGCCAUUUUCUCUGGGUAACCGAAAUGACAGCAGCCUUUUCCCGGAGAGUGUAGGAUUCAGCCUCCCCUUGGCCUGGCUAUACCUCUCCUUUUAAGAAGAUGCCCCAAACUCCAAAACAGGCUUCUGCCGUACGGCUUGGUCACUUUGGAUACACUCUGAUAAUCUGAUUAGGAGAUUUCCCUGAACAACAUUUCUUAGUGCUGUAGUGACCAUGGCUGUCCUUAAAGUAAAAUUCACCAAAACAAAGAGAGACAAGUUGGCUCAGAUCUUGUGGAUCUUGAACUGGGUUUCUGUGGUGUCCGGUGCAAUUCUCUUCAGCCUAGGACUCUUUCUCAAAAUAGAAAUCAGGAAGCGCAGUGAAGUGAUGGCCAAAGGAGACGUCAACUCUGUCCCCAAUAUGCUAAUCUCUGUAGGAGUCAUUGCCUGCAUUAUCAACUUCCUUGGAGGAAAAAUCUGCUAUGACUGCACAGACAUCAACAAGUUUAACCGAUGGAAGCUGGUCAUGCUCCCAUACAUUGUAUGCACAUUCUGUUUCACCUUUUGCAUCUUGGUGGGUGGCAUUAUGUGUUACACCAUGAGAAAUGAGCUGGAGGAAUCUCUAUACCUGGGACUGAGAGAUGCUAUCAAGUUCUACAAGGAUACCGAUAUCCCCGGAAGGUGCUUUUUAAAGAAAACUAUAGAUGCAUUACAGAUUAGAUUCCAGUGCUGUGGAAACAAUGGCUUCAGGGACUGGUUCGAAGUUCAGUGGGUCUCGGUUCGCUAUCUGGAUAUGGCUUCAAGGGAUGUUCUAGACCGCCUGAAGAGUAACGUGGAUGGGAAGUUCUUGGUGGAUGGUGUCCCCUUCAGCUGUUGCAACCCAAACUCCCCCAGGCCCUGCAUUCAGUAUCAGCUCACAAACAACUCAGCUCACUACAAUUAUGACUUCCUGACAGAAGAACUUAACAUUUGGAUCAAAGGAUGCAGGGAAGCCCUACUGGAUUAUUAUACUGACAUCAUGAGAUCCAUUGGCAUCACUGUGCUCAUCAUCUGGUGUUUUGAGCUGUCUGUGUUGACUGGGGUCCGUUACCUUCAAACAGCAAUGAGUAACGUCCUCCUCCUGGGUGAUCCACAGAGUGAUUCGGAAGGCUGGCUGCUUGAGAACAGCUUUGUAGAAACUGCUAAAUACAACAUCAGCGUAAUUAAAAAUCUUGGGAAAGCAAAUCAGAUAUCUUCGGUUUCAGGAAUCAACGACCCCAACAUGAAUGUUCAAACUGUAAACUAUGGUCAAGAGACUGUUCCCACAAAAAGCAUCCCCACAACUUAACUGGAUGGAGCACAGGAGACUUUAAUAUGCAGUUUGAUACCACAAUCACAGCUGUGCAUUUUGCUGUUUUUUUUCCUUUCCAUGUGUGAGAAUAAAACAAAAAUCCCAACAGCGAACAACAACAACAACAACAAUAAAUAAAUGACUGCCUGCAAACGGUAUCCAAUGAUGAAGACUUCUAGAACGAGGCAAAACAUCAACCUACUAUCCAUCUUUUCUGAAUGUACUGGGUUAUCUAGACUUGCUUCCGUUCUCAUAUAUAUGCACAUAUUCACACCACAAAUUGUUUCCAUAAAUUGAUUAAAUGGCCGGGAGGAUGGCUGGACUAUUACAGGAGUAAAGAUCAGAGCUUCAAAUAUGAUGGCAUUAUGAAAAAAUGUCAUUCAAUCUGAUUGUACGUCAAGCAUAUUUACCCUCUUUUGAUGUGACCAUGUUUGCAUAGGCAGAGCUCUGUAGAAGUGAUCACUUCUGCUAGGAACCAUGGUGGCGCAAUGGGUUAAACCCUUGUGCCGGCUGAACUGCUGACCUGAAGGUCAGCAGUUCGAAUUUGAGAGACAGGGCAAGCUCCCGUUGGUCAGCCCCAGGUUCCCAUGCAGGGACAUGAGAGAAGCCUCCCACAGGAUGGUAACACAUCCGAGCAUCCCCUGAGCAAUGUCCUUGCAGACAGCCAAUUCUCUCACACCAGAAGCGACUUGCAGUUUCUCAAGUCACUUCCAACAUUAUAAAUAAAAAAAUCACUUCUGC